GCCGCCUGCCACUGACGGUGAUCGGAAACCCAGGCGGCAGGCAAGAGCCAGGGGCCGGCCCUCUACCUGGUCCGCAUUCCAACCAUGACCCUGGAGGAGUUUGCAAACGGCGCUGCCCAGUCGGACAUCCUGAUGCUGGAGGAGACCCACAACAUCUUCCUGUGGUACACGGUGGCCAACAAGACCCCACUGACCAAGAGGCGAGGCCUGGCCCCGCAGAGGUGCCACCGCUUCGAGUCCUCAGCCUACCGCAGCAACCAGUGGCGCAACUGGGGGCGCUGCAACAGCAUCCAGUUUUUGGUGGACAGGAGGGUGUUUGUGGCGGGGCUGGGCCUGUACGGGUCCAGCUCCGGGAAAGCCGAGUACAGUGUGAAGAUCGAGCUCAAGCGCCUGGGGGUGGUCCUCGCCCAGAACCUGACCAGGUUCAUGUCCAACGGCUCCAGCAGCACCUUCCCGGACAGGUUCGAGCACCCAGUGCAGGUGGAGCAGGACACCUUCUACACGGCCAGUGCCAUGCUGGAUGGCAGCGAGCUCAGCUACUUCGGGCAGGAGGGCCCGACGGAGGUGCAGUGCAAGAAGGUGACCUUCCAGUUCCAAUGCUCCUCCGACAGCACCAACGGCACCGGGGUGCAGGGCGGGCAGAUCCCUGAGCUCAUCUUCUACGCCUGAGGCCGUGGGCGUGCAGGCGCUGGGGGGACAGAGGGCCACACUCUUUCUCCUCAGCAGGACAGGCUUCAGGACUCCUAACCUUUUGUGUGCAGCUGGCUGUAUCCAGAGGUAUAAAUGAGACAUUUCUACAUGGCCAGAGCCUGGUUCUGAAUACAGGGGGCUGGGCCUCAUCACAUCUCCGGCAC